AUGGUCUCAACACCGGAAUACGACGCGAACCAACUAGCAAAUCACGGCCUGCGAAAUGUCUCCGAUACAGUUUCAGAGCUCAUAAAAGAUGGCGCGGCUCCGAAAGCAUUCCUGAGCAAUUUGAGUGCUGAGCUCGUCUCCGUGGCUGAGUGGCUCAAGGAGACGAGAGGACUCGAGGAGCCAAAGAACGUCGACCGGGUUCUGAAACUUUUAGCGGUCCUGGAGAAGCUGGGCAGAUACCCUAAGAGUUUCCGGGUUUCCGUCGAAACAGGCGAUCUCAGCCAAUAUAAGAUCCUGCAAGACUGGGAUGCAGCAAGACGUCACUUCCGCGAGACUAUGUGCAACUUAGCCGCGUACAAGAACCUUCGAAAACAAAACAAGUUCCUUUCAAGUUUGGCCCGAAUCCAUAAAUCAAAACAACCACGUCGGGUGACCGAGUUUCCCGAAGUCAAACCUGUCGGGAAGGAAUCGAAGGACAACGCAGCGGGCUAUAUUACGGCAAAUCUUCAGCUUCGGCGUGGAGCUAAACUUGCGGAUGAUCCAUCUUCUACACCCAAGGUGCAAAAUGCCCCAGCGGUUUCUAAGCAAACCUUCUGUCAACUCAUAACAUGCAGAAACCAAUGCCAGUUGAGGUUUGAAGCACUAGGCGAUGGACGUGUGUUCAUGCAGCCUAUGCAGCAGUUCUCUAAUGGGUUCCUUCUCCACGAGUCCAGCAUCUCUCUCCACGACCUGGUGGCCUGUCAUGGGGCAAAGCUGAAUCUAUCACGUAGAGUUCUGCUAUCUUACGUGCUAGCACAGUCUUUCUGGCAACUAUAUGGGUCCGACUGGAUGCGUAACCCAUGGACCAAGAGCGAUGUCCAUUUCAUGUUCGAAGAGCGGGCGGCAAAACUCGCUGGCAUCUACGUCAAUGAGCCUUUCCUCUCAACACAGUUCAACGGCCGCACGAUGCCCAAGAACCCCGCGAUGGCGCAUCGUUUCCCCAAGAUUCUUGCUCUAGGCCUUAUGCUUCUCGAAAUAGGGCUCGGUGUUGGUAUAGAGACCCUCAGACUACCCAGUGAUAAGCAAAUUGACGACAGACCACACGCGAAUACGGAUCUUAUUGUUGGAACAAGAGUACUUGCAGAGAAGAGAGCGGAGAACGAGUUCUUUCCUCCCUUUGCAGACGUAGUAGAGCGUUGUCUUGACAUACACAGUUUUCGGGAAUAUGAAGAUGAUGACGAGGGCCUCCGCCACGCAAUAGAGGAGCGCAUCGUCAACGUUCUCCAUUCUUGUUACAAUGACUGUUGGCUCAAAGAUCCCGACUUUGUUGACAUAAAUCCAGUCAUUCUGAAUCCUCCUACGUCAAGUCGAACACUGAUGUCUCUUGGCAGAGCAUCUGAUGACCGGCAUGGCGCAAGGCUCAUUGUUUCGAGUAGUCAGGCCAAUUGGGAUUCACCGCAAGAUUAUCCCAACAUACCUCAUCUCAGCCCAACUUUCGAAUGCUCGUGGCUGACGAAGAAGGCGAUUGAUCAUGCUCGAACUAUCUGGAAGGCCGACAUCAUCGUUAUGCCUUCGGGUUUCGACGCGGCAAAUACAGAUCUGGAGCUUGCCAUCAAUGAUGCUCGCAAUGCAAAAGUUCUCAUCUUUGCAGCAGCAUCCAACUUUGGCAACAUCAGAGAUAUUGCCUUUCCAGCCCGUCUUUACACCAGUCUGAAACUAUUCUGUAUGUUUUCUACGACAGCUGGUAUCCGAGCAAAUUGCGACUUCAACCCUUCGCCAUCGCCGCACGCAAAACACAACUUUGCAGUACUCGGCGAAGAUGUCGAGCUACCAAUACCUGCUUUAUCUAAUGAACCUUUCAAGCUCAGUGGAACAUCUUUUUCUGCCAUGAUUGCGGCAGCAAUCGCAGGGCAGAUCCUCGAGUUUGUUCGCCACGAACAUGCUAGUGGACUGAUUUCCUGCGCUGACAAGAUCCGCACAGUAGAGGGUAUGUCUGCAGUCUUCUCGGCCAUGGCGCAAGAUAAGGACAAUGGCUAUCACUGCAUAGCACCAUGGAAAAUUCUUUCUCAGAGAUUGCGUCAUGAGACAGUCGAUAAAGUUGAAGCACGGGAAGACCUUCGCAUCACAAUCAUCCGAGCAUUGGAAUCUUGUUAG